CUACUGCAGGCCUGGCCCGGGGCGGCGCUCGGGCCGGGCUCCUCUCGGCGGUGGCGCACGGCCGUCCGGCCGUCCGUGGGGCGGGGACGCGGCGGCGGCAGCGGUGGCGGCUCCGUAUCGCCGGAGCCCAAGCGCGCAGGCCCGUCCCGGCGGCCGGGGGGCGGGCGGGGUCGGAGCGCCAUGUGGUUCAUGUACGUGCUGAGCUGGCUGUCGCUCUUCAUCCAGGUGGCCUUCAUCACGCUGGCCGUCGCGGCUGGACUCUAUUACCUGGCAGAACUGAUAGAAGAAUAUACAGUGGCCACCAGCAGGAUCAUAAAAUACAUGAUCUGGUUCUCCACUGCUGUGCUGAUUGGCCUCUACGUCUUUGAGCGCUUCCCCACCAGCAUGAUUGGCGUGGGCCUCUUCACCAACCUCGUCUAUUUUGGCCUCCUCCAGACCUUCCCCUUCAUCAUGCUGACCUCGCCUAACUUCAUCCUGUCGUGCGGACUAGUGGUGGUGAAUCAUUACCUAGCAUUUCAGUUUUUUGCGGAGGAAUAUUAUCCUUUCUCAGAGGUCCUGGCCUAUUUCACUUUCUGCCUGUGGAUAAUCCCAUUUGCAUUCUUUGUAUCACUUUCGGCUGGGGAGAACAUCCUGCCCUCCACCAUGCAGCCAGGAGAUGACGUCGUCUCCAAUUACUUCACCAAAGGCAAGCGGGGCAAACGCUUAGGGAUCCUCGUUGUCUUCUCCUUCAUCAAAGAGGCCAUUCUACCCAGUCGUCAGAAGAUAUACUGACCUCCUUGGGGAGGGGAUAUAGGGGCAGGAUCAGGAGGGCCUCUGUGCUAGGUGGGGGCUGAGACCUGGGAAGGUACCUUCCACCAGACCUGGCUUUCCUCCCCUCAACUCUGAAGCCCCAUCCCCACCCCCUCGGGGGCUCAGUUUGGCUCAGAUCUGAUGCUGCUAGAGGCAGUAACCUCAGAGGGCACCAGGGAGAGUGGCAGAGCCUGCUUAGCCAGGAAGCUGAGGGCCCCCCAGCCAUCUCCUCCCCCUUCCGAGGUGGAUCGGGAGGUUAUGGCCCAGCUAGGGAGGCAGAGAAGGGUCUGUGAAGCUGGAGAGCAAAGGGUGACAAGUUCUCUGGGCAGGUCGUUGUGGGAAGGGGCCAUGGCUUGACAUGUCCAAGAGAAAUAGUUUUUGCUGUUGAACUGUGAUCUCUGUCCAAGUGCUGAUUCCCAUGUGAAUAAAGAUUCUAGGCAGCACUGUUUGCCUUAAUGCCCUGACAGUUCAUCUUCCUUUCUUCCUGCUAACCUUCUGCCCUGGACUGGAUUCGUUUUUCUGCUCCAGGGACUCCCUUUCUGGAUUUGGGUCUUGCCCUUUCAAAGGGACUGUUUUUGUGGCCCUUAGUGGGAAGGAGGCAGAGGUGAGGUGCUGAAUGUGGUCAGGGAGUGGGGAGUGGGCUAGAGGCAGCCUUUCUUAGGUCAUGCAACUCCCUGUUCUUCCAUCUCUUCUUUCCCUGAGGCUCCCUGCGAGGCUGGGGGUAGGAGAGGGAACAGUUUAGGACUGGGUUAGAUUUUCAGAACAUCUACAAUAUCCUAUUUAUAAAUCCUCCUCUGGGGAAAAGGCACGGUUUCUGGCUGAAUACUAUCUCGAGCUCAAGGAGAAAUGAAAUAAAAAUUGGCUUCUAGGCAGCCUGGGCUACAGCCUGUUUUUUAAGAAAUGGGGCUGGUGGGAGAAGUCGUUUGUCACUCUAAGAGCAAGGUCUAGCCUUCUCUUCUGUGCAUUCUUGGCUCCUGGGGAGAUGAUCUCUGCCUUCCAAGAAGGCAGGCCAGGUCUCAGGCACAGACCAUUUGUUGACCUUGCACUCCAACUACAGUGCCUUGCAAGUGUUCAACGGUACAUAUUGGAAUGAAAUCCCCAUGAGAGCCUUCACUGGCCAUGCUCUAUACCUCAAAGUGAGGCUGGCAGGUGCAGAGAUAGACUGCUCACAUGUAGUACCUUUAAGCCACUGGGAAGACCCCUGUGCUUAAAAAUCUUUCCUUUCCGACAUGCCUGAAGCCCAUCAUAGCCCUUUAUUUCUUUAGCUUUAGCACUUGUGUUCUCUGAAGAAUACCAGCUUUCCCCUUUCCCUGGGACGAGCAGCAUUUGUUGGUCUUCUCUUGAUGCAAAUGAGGUUGUAAGGCCCUUUUCUCCUAUGCAGACAGGACAGGCAAGGCAGAGGACACUGGAGGCCAGUGUCAUCGUCUAGAUAGGCCAACAGCUGGCCGUACUCUCCCUUGAUGUCCACUGCUUUGUUCCUCAGCCUAAUGAUGUGGCUUCACCACCUCCAUUCACUCUACUGCCAGUGUUCUCCCAAGGAGUUGCCAGUGGCCUUCUUGUACUAAAUCCAGCAGAUCGUUUCCAUAGCUUACUGGAUCUGGGCAGCAUCUGACAUAGCUGAUCACCUCCUGCUUCGUGAUUGCACUUCCUUCCCUGGCACUUCUGUGGCUGGUUGUCUUCCUACCUCUCUGGCUGUUCCUUUCAGCCUCCUGUGCAGGCUUCUCCACUCGCCCCAUGCACAAUGGGGUCUCUCAGGGUUCUGUUUUGGGCUCCCUGGGGAAGCCCAUCCAUGGAAUCGAGAGUUGACCUCCAGCCCCAACAUCCCUCCUACUUACCUGAACCACAGUUUGCUGCCUUCUGCGUGCACAGACAACUCAAGUUCAUGGCCCAGAUGGCACUUGUUGCUGUCCUCUGCAAACCUGCCCUUUUGGGUACCUGCCUUGGCCCUAACAUCACCCAGGAGCCAGACAGGGAACCUGCUUUCUAGUCCUGCUUUCUCUUUUUGUACCCCUCAUUCAGUCUAUAAAAACUGUCAAGUCUAUCUUCUUAACAUCUCUCAAUUUGAGCCACUCCCACUGUCAUCAGCUUUCACUUGGAUUAUUGUAACAGCCUCCUGCUUCUCUAUCCCACAGCUGGGGUUGUCUUUCUAAAAUGCACAGUUGAUCAAGUCACUCCCUGGUCUAAAACCUUCCAUGGCUCCCUACUUCCCUCAGGAUAAAGUCCAGACCCCUUAGCAUGGCUUGUGAGACUCACGGUGCCCUGGUUCCUGCUUGCCUCUCUGGUCUCAUCAUUUGCCUUCUUGCACUCUGGGUCCCCAGCCUCCUGUAUACAGAGAUGCCAUGGCUCUCACCUGCCACUUGGAUUCCCCUUUCUUCUGCUCACUUUGGUACUUUCUCUGUCAAGUUGCAACUUGGAUUUUACUUCUAAGGAGCUUUGAGUGUCCCUUCUCCCUCAACCCCACUCAGCACACCACACAGAUCACUCUGGGCUUACUUGCCUGCUCUAUGGUCUGUCCCUCCACUAGACUGUAAGCUCCUUGAGGGCAAGGACUGUCCUUGAAUUUUUGUAUUAACAGUGCCAGGCAUGGUGUCUGGCACCUAGAAAGCACUCAAUAAAUGUUUGUUUAAUGAA